AUGGAGUUCCCACAUUUGGGCGAACACUGCUCCGUAACGAGUUGCAAAAUCCUCGAUUUCCUCCCCAUCAAGUGUGAUGCGUGCUCAAAAACUUUCUGCGGGGAUCACUUCAGCUAUCAAUCGCACGGCUGUGCCAUUCGGCAUGUGGACGACGUGCAAGUUCCCGUAUGCCCAAUGUGCAGUUGUCCCGUGACGGGUUUCAGAAGAGGAGAUCCACCGGACAUCGCCGUAUCUCAACACCUGGACAACAUGUGCAAGAAUCCAGGGAAGAAAGUCUACACUAACAGAUGCUCAGCGCGGACCUGCAAAAACAAAGAGAUAGUCCCUAUCCGUUGCGCUCAGUGUCGACGGAAUUUCUGCCUCAAACACCGUCACCCAACGGAUCACGAGUGUCAUACCGAGAAGCAGGCGGGUCGACCCGACGCUGCUUUCAGCGCGACGAGACAGCAGGAUAGGGCCAGCAUAGAGCGACAAACGCGUGAAGACGAGGAAUUGGCGAGAGCCAUCCAAGCCUCCUUGAAUGAAAGCAGUCCGAGACCGACCGGAGUGCGAGCAUCUGGAUCGCGAAGCUCCAGAAACCCUCCUCUCCGUGUGCCGCCCCCCACUGUGGAUCAGCCUAGCUGUUGCAUUAGCUGAGGAGAGAGCUCCGGUUCAUCCUUAUCUUCGUAAUUCGGCGGCACUCGUUUAAAGAGCUGUUACCUCGUGAGGCUUUCGGCUCGCCAGCUGUUUGUGAUGUUGUGAUCCGCGAGGACGCUACCGAGCUCCUUAGGAUGUUUCCAAGAGUGUCACCAGCUCUCUUUUUCUCUUCAGAAAUGAGGAAACGCAUGACCUCUUCUGUCUAUAGUUACGGAACGUAUCCCCGCUUUCAACAGCACGUAUAUGACUCACUGCCCACAUGAUCGGACAUGUCUUUGUACACUUUGUAAUCUUGGCAAAAGGAUAUAGAAAAUAUUCCGGUAGCGUUCAAUCAGAGUCUGGGAAAUUCCGGAUUCAGCCACCCGGUAAUAGUUCUCACAUUCUUAGAAGGAAAAGAUUUCCCCGGGCGAGACGGACACCCUGGAAUAAAUGAGGGACUUGCUUU